AUGGAACUGCAAAAACCUUAUUGCGAAGUUUGUUGGUUGUUUGCUGAUCGUGCAUCACCAAAUUAUGAAAAUCAUAGAGGAUGGAUAAAUGGUGUAUCUGGUAGCUUGCAUAAUAUGCUUGAAAAAAUUAAGAGGCACGAAGCUUGCAACAUGCAUAUUCAGGCAACUGCAGUCUAUAUGAGAUGGAAAUCUGGCAAGACUGUGGAUAAAGAUAAUGAGAAAGAAAUCAGAAACAAUGCUCUCUUCUGGGUUAAAGUUCUUGACCGAAUCAUAACAAUAAUUUUGACUCUUGCCACGCUAACUUUGGCAUUUAGAGGUCACAACGAGCACGUUCAUGAUAACAUUUGUGAAGGUGGAAACUUUCUUGGUAUGGUAUAUCUGAUGGCUCAGUACGACGAGAUUCUUGCAAAAGUUAUCUCACUUCCCGCCCGUGCAACAAAGUAUCUUAGCCCAAAAAUUCAAAACGAGUUAAUAGAACUUCUAGCAAAAACAGUCACAGUUUCUUUGGUUCACAAGAUUAAUGCUUCGCCAUUUUGGGCUCUCAUUUUAGAUUCUACUAGCGAUAUAACUAGAAUUGAUCAAUUAAGCGUUAUAAUACGGCGGGUCCAGAUAGAUGGGGACAAUUGUAGUAUUGAAGAAAACUUCUUGGGUUUUGUAAAAUGA